GAAAGGGGGGACAAUAUUGUAGCCCAAGUGGAUCUUUUCAUCAUGAAAAAAAGACUGCUUUUGUUGUAAUCUUGUAGUGAUUCCCAGUCCGAAUACAUCAUAGGUGCCGGGAGUCAUAGAAAUUCAUUUAGCCGAAGAAAAAAAAAUUGAUUUGUUCUGAGGUAUUGAUAUCCUGUACUCACCGGCGAUAUAUACAGUCCUUAAUUAGUCAUCACACUCUUAUAUGGUUCCCGCGUAGUGUAUAACGUAUGAAAUACAAUGAGACACCCUGUACAGAGCCCGUGAAUGUAACUAUCGCAGCUUCAUCUAAUGUAGAGAUUGGACUGUUAGUACACCGAAUUAAUAAACAUUGAAAUCUAUAUUUGUUUCCUUUAGGCAUCAUAAUGUUCCAGUGCAGGUUCUGCGAUUACUCGACAAAUAAAUUCCGGGACUUUUCAAGCCACAGAAAAUUACAUGCAAGUUUGAAUGGCAAUUUCUUCUGUGGAUAUAAUCGAAAUUCCAUUGAUAUCAGUCAUAUUUCGACUCAUCGUUCUUCAUUUUCAAGAAAAAGAAGAUGAGUUAUUUCGAUUUGAAGAAGAGAACUUGACGGAUGAACAACUCCUGGAAAACAUUCCGAACCUCACUCCUGUUCUUGUCAUAAAAGGGCGAUCACUUUAUGACGAGACUGCAACACACGCAGUGGCACUGGACAAGAAAAUCUUGAUCCCAGUGAACGGAGUUCUUGAUGGAAUUUUAUUGCUGUUCUCCCUUUACUACGUUUUCAGAGUUCUGUACCCAGACACACUCUCCCGUACUUUGGAAUUCAUUCAGAGAUGUUUGCUCAGAAUGAAUCCCAAAACUGGACACAAGAGAGCAUCAAAAAAACAGAAGGCAACGCCUUUUGACCUGAAAGUCAAGAAAUUCAUCGAUGGACUCCAGCAAUAUAUAGAACAUCCCUAAAAGCAUGAAGCUCACCAUAUCAGCAUAUUUUGAACGGAGGAAAUUAAAAUGGGAAAUCAAUGAAUUAUGCUGAAAAAAUUCUUGCUAGAUCUUUGCUAGGGAUAGUUUGAGUGCCAUUAUUAUUUCGACUAAUUUCAGUCAGAUUCAUGAUGAAUUUAUGUGCAAUUUCCAUUUAACAAAAAUAAUUAUGAAACAUUAUGAAAUAAUUUAAUGACUUUUCCGAAUAUUAAUGGAUUGAUUUUACUUUCUCAAUACUUUUUCUUAAUAAAUUUAUUGGUGUUGAUCGUGAGAA